GGCCGGAUAUGUUCUGUGACUUCAACGGCAAGAAGUACAGCCCGGGCGAGAGCUGGCACCCCUACCUGGAGCCGCAGGGGCUGAUGUACUGCAUCCGCUGCAGCUGCUCCGAGAACACCAACAUCAGGUGCUACCGGAUCCAGUGCCCAGCUCUGCAGUGCGCCAGCCCGGUCACGGACCCCCAGCAGUGCUGCCCGCGGUGUCUCGAGCCGCAUUCCCCUUCUGGCCUCCGGGCACCAGUCAAGUCCUGCCAGUACAAUGGGACAACCUACCAGCAAGGCGAGAUGUUCACCACCAGCGAGCUCUUUCCCAGCCGCCAGCCGAACCAGUGUGUGCAGUGCAGCUGCUCCGAAGGCCAGAUUUACUGCGGCUUGGUGACUUGCCCGGAGCUGUUGUGUUCCUCUCCCCUAACUGUGCCGGAUUCCUGCUGCCGGGUCUGCAAAGAUGGCUCCUAUGAGAAGUCCACGGAAGAGGAACCCCUGCAGUUAAACAGAGGUGUUAGGCACUCACAAGACCAGUGCUUGGGGGAGGCGAUGGGAAGGAAGCCACCUGGAGCUACCGCGUCCACUGUUCUCACUUCCUCCCUGGAGUUCAUCCCUAGGAGCUUCAAACCCAAGGGAGGAGGUGGCACCACCGUGAAGAUUGUCUUGAAAGAGAAGCACAAGAAAGCUUGUGUUUACAAUGGGAAGACCUACUCCCAUGGGGAGGUGUGGCACCCUGUCUUCCGUCUCUACGGCCUCCUGCCCUGCAUCCUCUGCACUUGCAGGGAUGGUAUCCAGGACUGCCAGAAGAUCACAUGCCCCAAGGACUAUCCUUGUGACUAUCCAGAGAAAGUAGAUGGGAAAUGCUGUAAAAUAUGCCCAGAAACCAGAGUCAAACCCACUGAUGAAAUAGUCACUGCGCGGUGUGGCAAGAACCCCAACCGUGUCCUGGUGUACAUGUUUGUGCCGCCGAGCUCGGAGACUUCCAAGGAGAUCCUCAGGACAAUUGCGAUUGAGAAGGAGCCCAUGGAGGAGGUGGAAAUCUACAACUGGAAGCUGAUUAAAGGCAUAUUUCAUCUGGUACAGACCAAGAAGAUCAGCAAACAGGAAUUCAAGCAAGAAGCGCAGAACUUCAGGCUGAUCACCAGGACGAACGAAGGUCACUGGAACAUCUUCCGAGCCCAGACGUCCGAGCUGAGGAUGACAGAGAGCCCAGAGAAAGAAACAAAGAACUUGUAA